AUGAAAGACUCACAACAACAGCAGCAACCAGCACAGCCCCAACCUUUGAAAUUUAUUCAAGUCUCGAAUGUGAAAAAGAAACCAGUCCAACGAAAAAAGUACUAUCCCACAAAGAGUAACAAAAGGCAGCAGGGUAGUAACAAAUCAUCAACAAGCAAUCAAACAUGUAGUCAAGAAGGUCAUUCACAACAUGAGCAAGCAUCACAUUCUCAUGUACACUCGACAACUACAUGUUCCUCAUCUAGCUUAUCCAGAAGUAUUUUACAUGGGAUUGGAUCUUCCGAGGUUAAUUAUAUGAAUGGAAAUAAUGACGAUUCAACCAGCUCAUUGGAUGCUUCUUCAUCUUUACACAUGUUGCAACAACAUCCAACAAGCAAUUCUAAAGGACCGUCAUUGCAUGUGUUCAACAACAAUACAUUGGAUGAAACAUCUAAACAUAGUGAUUCGAGUAGUGUAGGAAUUGAACAUUGCAUGCAUGGAAGAAAUUCAACAUCAUCUCCUGCUAGCAACAUGUUAUCCACAUCCAUCAAUAAUAACAGCAAUAAUAUUCAUUUUGUGAUGGAGGCAUCUCCCAAGUACAUAACUCAUGUGGCAAAGAAGAGGAAUACUCUUGCCAAGGACAAUCUCAUCAAGGUUUUACACUUGUCACAAGUACAGGCAUGCCGAGUAUUGGGAUGUAGUUUGUCCACAUUAAAAAGAAGAUUUGGAGAGGUUAAACAGGAAUUGGGAAUGGAGAAAUGGCCCUCCUAUUAUGAUGAUGUGAGACAUUUACCGAUAUUUCCCAAACUUUACCCAAUGUCUCUGCAAUUCAUUAUGAAUGAGCAUGACUGCUCUGAUUUGCCACAGGACUGCAACCUAAUAUUUGAGCACGCUGCACAAUUAAGCUCAACCUUUCCAAAACCAUUAACUUCUCCUGAGGAUUAA